AUGAAGCUCGCUGUCGGAAGCCUGUUGGGUACGUCUGAAAGUGAUCAAAAGAAAGUGGUCGGAGCCGAGGUGGACAGGACAUCACACGCUGUUCGACUGAAGGGCAAAGGCGAAGCCGGGUACUACUGGAGCCAGUGUGCAGUAGCUGAGGAGCCAGGAAGUGGACCCAGAGCUGAACUCCAGACUACCGAUGGACAGAGUGAAGAGGUUGAUAUACAACAUGAGGUGAGGCAGCUGGAGACAGCUUCCAAGAUCCUCUAUGACACUCCAAUCAGGUGCCAGGACAUCUUUAAAGCCUUACCUGAACAACAGAGACCCAUCAGACUGGUUCUGACAAAUGGCAUCGCUGGUGUUGGAAAAACCUUCUUAGUGCAGAAGUUCACUCUGGACUGGGCAGAAGGUUUGAAGAACCAACAUGUCAGUGUGGUGAUUCUGCUUUCAUUCAGGGAGCUGAACCUGAUCAGAGAUGAGCAGUACAGUCUUCUGGAGCUGCUCCAUGUUUUCCAUCCAACAUUACAGAAGGUCACAGCAGAGAAGCUCGCUGUCUGUAAACUUUUGCUCAUCUUUGAUGGCCUGGAUGAAAGCAGACUUUCAUUGGAUUUCACCAACAGGAAGCUCAUGUCUGAUGUCACACAGAAGUCAUCAGUCAGUUUCCUGCUGACAAACCUCUUCAAGGGGAAUCUGCUUCCCUCAGCUCUCAUCUGGAUAACUUCCCGACCUGCAGCAUCCAAUCAGAUCCCUCCCACAUAUGUUGACAGGGUAACAGAAGUACAAGGCUUCACUCGUGCCCAGAAGGAGGAGUACUUCAGGAGGAGAUUCAGUGAUGAAGAGCUGUCCAGCAGAAUCAUCUCACACAUGAGGGCAUCCAGGAGCCUCCACAUCAUGUGUAGAAUCCCAGUCUUCUGCUGGAUCACUGCUGCAGUUCUGGAGCACAUGUUGACCACAGAGCAGAGAGGAGAGCUGCCCAAGACCCUGACUGACAUGUACUCACACUUCCUGCUGGUUCAGACAAAGAGGAAGAAGAACAAGUACCUCGAGGGACAUGAGACAAGUCCACAGGAGCUGAUGGAGGCUGACAGGGAAGUUCUCCUGAAGCUGGGGAGGCUGGCCUUUGAACAUCUGGAGAAAGGAAACAUCCUAUUUUACCAAGAAGACCUGGAGCAGUGUGGUCUGGAUGUCACAGAGGCCUCAGUGUACUCAGGAGUUUGUACAGAGAUCUUCAAAAGAGAGUGUGUGAUCUUCCAGAAACCAGUCUACUGCUUUGUUCAUAUGAGCAUCCAGGAGUUUCUGGCUGCUGUCUACAUGUUCCACUGUUACACUGAAAGGAAGACACAGGUGGUGGAGGACUUCCUGAUAAAUAUUUUUCCUCAUUUAUUUGGUGAUGAUGGUGAUGAUUAUAAUGAUGAUGACAUGAAAAGCUCCUCUUUGGAUGUGUUUCUCUGGAGAAUCAUGGAAAAAUCCCUCCAAAGUAAAAAUGGCCACCUCGACCUCUUUGUUCGUUUCCUUCAUGGCCUCUCUCUGGAGUCCAACCAGAGACUGCUACGAGGCCUCCUGGGUCAGACAGAGAACAAACCAGAAAUCAUCCAGAGAAUCAUCAAGAACCUCAAAAAAAUGAAUAGUUAUGAAAUCUCUCCUGACAGGAGCAUCAACAUCUUCCACUGUCUGAUGGAGAUGAAUGACCUCUCAGUGCAUCAGGAGAUCCAAGAGUUCCUGAAGUCAGAAAACAGAUCAAAGGAGAAACUCUCUGAGAUCCACUGCUCAGGUCUGGCCUACAUGCUGGAGAUGUCCGAAGGGGUUCUGGAUGAGUUGGACCUUGGGAAAUACAACACAACACCCGAGGGACAGAGGAGAUUGAUUCCAGCUGUGAGGAAUUGCAGAAAGUUUCGACUUUCUAACUGUUGGCUCUCAGCAACUCACUAUGAAAUUGUGGCCUCAGCCCUGAAGUCCAGCCCUUCCCAUCUGACAGAGCUGGAUCUGAGUGGAAACCACCUGAAGGAUUCAGCAUUGAAGCAGCUAUGUGCUGCUCUGGAGAGUUCAAACUGUAGACUGGAGACUCUAAGAUUGAAAAACUGCAGGUUGUCAGAGAUCAGCUGUGCUGCUCUUGUCUCUGCUCUGAAGUCCAACCCUUCUCACUUGAAACAUCUAGACUUGAGUGACAACAAUCUGCAGGAUUCAGGGAUCAUACAGCUCUGUGGUUUUCUGGAGAGUCCAAAGUGUACACUUGAGACUCUGAUGUGA